GCGCGCGGGGCACGUAGCACCAGAGUGACGCAUAAUAUGUGGGCCCCUUCGGAACCGUGGUCGCGCUGUGUGUGAGGGAGAGUGAGUGCGGGACCUGAGGCAGUGUGUGUGAACUGCGGCCGCUGGCGGGGCAGGGGGGAGCGGCGGAGCCGCCCGGGAAGGUGUGGUGUAUAUUUAUUUCGUGGAACCAUUUGAAAAUAAGUUGCAGACCCAUCACCCCUGGAUACUUUGGCAGCCAUCCUUUAGGAUCAGGACGUUCUUCAUAUUUUUUGUAGGGCUUUGUAUUAUUCCAUUGUAUGGACAGUAUUACCAUUUAGCCCUCACAACAACCAUUUCCAUUUUAUAGAUGAGGAAAUUAAGGUUUGGAGAAGUUAAAUAACUUGACUAAGACCUCAGAGGUAUGUCAGCAGAGCUGGAAUCUGAAUGCUUGAAACCUUUUUCCAUCAAGUACCAAAUGGAUUGGUCUUGGAGACCUCUCUGAGCCCGUUUUCUAAGUAAAUGACUUAACCAGGCCGAGCCAUGACUGCAGUAGCGGUACCUGUGGACUCCAAAGCUGAGCUCACCACCCUGCUGGAGCAGUGGGAAAAGGACCAUGGCAGUGGGCAGGAUAUGGUACCGAUCCUCACCAGGAUGUCGGAGUUGAUUGAAAAAGAAACUGAAGAAUACCGUAAGGGGGACCCGGACCCAUUUGAUGACCGACACCCUGGUCGAGCUGAUCCAGAGUGUAUGCUGGGCCACUUGCUGAGAAUACUCUUCAAGAAUGAUGAUUUCAUGAACGCAUUACUUCCCAUCUUCAUGCAGCUUGGGUCACGGGAGCUGAUGAUGUUCUACAUCGACCUGAAACAGACUAAUGAUGUCCUGCUGACGUUUGAGGCACUCAAGCACCUAGCAUCUCUCCUGCUCCAUAACAAGUUUGCCACAGAGUUUGUUGCACACGGUGGAGUACAGAAAUUAUUGGAAAUUCCUCGUCCGUCUAUGGCUGCUACUGGGGUGUCCAUGUGCUUGUACUACCUGUCCUACAACCAGGAUGCUAUGGAAAGAGUUUGCAUGCAUCCUCACAAUGUUCUGUCUGAUGUGGUGAACUAUACCCUUUGGUUAAUGGAAUGUUCUCAUGCCUCAGGAUGCUGCCAUGCUACCAUGUUUUUCUCAAUCUGCUUCUCCUUCCGGGCCGUGUUGGAGCUCUUUGACCGCUAUGAUGGUCUUCGGCGUCUGGUGAACUUGAUCAGUACUUUGGAGAUUCUAAACCUGGAAGAUCAGGGUGCCCUUCUGAGCGAUGAUGAGAUAUUUGCCAGCCGCCAGACAGGCAAGCACACCUGCAUGGCCCUGCGCAAGUACUUUGAGGCCCACCUGGCCAUUAAGUUAGAGCAAGUGAAGCAGUCACUUCAGAGGACCGAGGGGGGCAUUCUUGUCCAUCCGCAGCCGCCCUACAAGGCAUGCUCAUACACUCACGAACAGAUAGUGGAGAUGAUGGAGUUCCUGAUAGAAUACGGUCCGGCUCAGCUCUACUGGGAACCAGCUGAAGUCUUCCUUAAACUCUCCUGUGUCCAGCUGCUGCUGCAGCUCAUUUCCAUCGCCUGCAAUUGGAAGACCUAUUAUGCAAGGAAUGACACCGUGCGCUUCGCCCUGGAUGUCCUGGCCAUUCUCACCGUGGUGCCCAGAAUCCAGCUCCAGCUGGCAGAAUCAGUGGACGUGCUGGAUGAGGCCGGCUCCACUGUCUCCACUGUAGGUAUCAGCAUUAUUUUGGGAGUAGCUGAGGGUGAGUUCUUUAUCCAUGAUGCUGAAAUCCAGAAGUCUGCACUUCAGAUUAUCAUCAAUUGUGUGUGUGGCCCGGAUAAUCGAAUCUCCAGCAUUGGCAAAUUCAUCUCUGGCACGCCUCGGAGAAAGCUGCCUCAGACUCCCAAAAGCAGCGAGCACACCUUGGCCAAGAUGUGGAACAUUGUCCAGUCCAACAACGGCAUCAAGGUGCUCCUGUCCUUACUGUCCAUCAAGAUGCCCAUCACAGAUGCUGACCAGAUCCGGGCUCUGGCCUGCAAGGCCCUGGUGGGCCUGUCUCGCAGUAGCACUGUCCGGCAGAUCAUUAGCAAGCUGCCCCUUUUCAGCAGCUGCCAGAUCCAGCAGCUCAUGAAGGAGCCUGUGCUGCAGGACAAGCGCAGCGAACAUGUCAAGUUCUGCAAGUAUGCGGCCGAGCUCAUUGAGCGGGUGUCCGGGAAGCCGCUGCUCAUUGGCACUGACGUGUCACUGGCUCGGCUGCAGAAAGCAGAUGUUGUUGCCCAGUCGAGGAUCUCCUUCCCUGAGAAGGAGCUGCUUCUGUUGAUACGAAACCAUCUCAUUUCUAAAGGGCUUGGGGAGACAGCAACUGUGCUGACAAAAGAGGCUGACCUGCCCAUGACUGCUGCCUCACAUUCUUCAGCCUUCACCCCAGCCACCGCUGCUGCUCCUGUGUCUCUUCCCCGAACCCCACGCCUUGCCAAUGGCAUCGCCACUCGGCUGGGCGGCCAUGCUGCUGUGGGUGCCCCUGCGCCUUCUGCCCCCAUGGCCCAUCCGCAGCCACGGCCCCCUCAGGGCUCACUAGCUCUGCCGGGCCCGUCCUAUGCAGGCAACUCCCCCUUGAUAGGGAGGAUCAGUUUUAUCAGAGAGAGGCCGUCCCCCUGCAAUGGCAGGAAAAUCAGAGUAUUGCGGCAGAAGUCGGACCACGGCGCCUACAGCCAAAGCCCGGCCAUAAAAAAGCAGCUGGACAGACACCUUCCUUCCCCACCUACACUGGACAGUAUCAUCACGGAGUAUCUUAGAGAGCAGCAUGCUCGCUGCAAGAACCCAGUUGCCACUUGCCCGCCUUUCUCUCUCUUUACUCCUCACCAGUGUCCUGAGCCAAAACAGAGGCGGCAAGCGCCAAUAAACUUUACCUCAAGGCUAAACCGCAGGGCGUCGUUUCCAAAGUAUGGAGGGGUGGAUGGCGGGUGCUUUGAUAGGCACCUUAUCUUUAGCAGGUUCCGUCCGAUUUCAGUGUUCCGGGAAGCCAACGAGGAUGAGAGUGGCUUCACUUGCUGUGCGUUCUCAGCACGGGAGCGGUUCCUCAUGCUUGGCACCUGCACUGGGCAGCUGAAGCUGUAUAAUGUGUUCAGUGGGCAGGAGGAGGCCAGCUAUAACUGUCACAACUCGGCCAUCACACACCUUGAACCUUCCAGGGACGGGUCCUUGCUGCUGACAUCUGCUACCUGGAGCCAGCCCCUGUCUGCACUGUGGGGGAUGAAAUCAGUGUUUGAUAUGAAGCAUUCCUUCACGGAAGAUCACUAUGUCGAGUUCAGUAAGCACUCUCAGGACCGGGUCAUAGGCACCAAAGGAGACAUCGCCCAUAUUUAUGAUAUUCAGACUGGCAACAAGCUGUUGACUCUGUUUAACCCAGAUCUUGCCAACAACUACAAGAGGAACUGUGCCACCUUUAACCCUACAGAUGAUCUUGUCUUAAAUGAUGGCGUCCUCUGGGAUGUCCGCUCUGCACAGGCCAUCCACAAGUUCGACAAGUUCAACAUGAACAUCAGUGGCGUUUUCCAUCCGAAUGGACUAGAGGUCAUCAUUAAUACUGAGAUCUGGGACCUGCGCACCUUCCACCUCUUGCACACAGUUCCUGCUCUGGAUCAGUGUCGGGUGGUGUUCAACCACACCGGGACCGUGAUGUAUGGAGCUAUGCUGCAGGCGGAUGAUGAGGAUGACCUGAUGGAGGAGAGGAUGAAAAGCCCUUUUGGAUCGUCCUUCCGGACGUUUAAUGCGACUGAUUACAAACCUAUAGCAACCAUUGAUGUGAAACGGAACAUCUUUGACCUGUGCACAGACACCAAAGACUGCUACCUUGCUGUCAUCGAGAACCAAGGCAGUAUGGAUGCUCUGAACAUGGACACGGUGUGCAGGCUGUACGAGGUGGGCAGGCAGCGUCUGGCGGAAGAUGAGGAUGAAGAGGAGGACCAGGAGGAGGAGGAGCAGGAGGAGGAGGAUGACGAUGAAGACGACGACGACACCGAUGACCUGGACGAGCUGGACACCGACCAGCUGCUGGAGGCGGAGCUGGAGGAGGAUGAGAACAACGAGAACGCCGGGGAGGACGGCGACAACGACUUCUCUCCGUCCGACGAGGAGCUGGCCAACCUGCUGGACGAGGGGGAGGACGGGGAGGACGAGGACUCGGAGGCGGACGAGGAGGUGGAGCUCAUCCUGGGAGACACCGACAGCUCGGACAACUCGGAUCUGGAAGAUGACAUCAUCUUGUCCCUGAAUGAGUGAGGGGCCAUCGCCGCGCGGGAAGAGGGUUCUUGGCAGGCGACAAAGCAGUCACGAGUUGGGGACGCCUUCCCUCCCUUGCCUUUUAAGGAACUGCGGGCCCUGCAUUCAGAGGAUCCUGGCUUAGAAAGUCUCGCUGGGGUCUGAGGGUCCCUCUGAAAAACAGGAACACCCACUGCAGACCACGGGCCCGGGCGCUGUCCUGCUUCCCCCUCUCCUGGAAUGGGCGUCUUCCUCAAGGGGGGAAAUUAAAAAAAACACGUCUCUUGGGUUAUUUCACAAUAUAUUUUCUUUGUAUCAUGUUCUUUACUUAAAGAACAAGAAAUAGUUUUUUAUGAAAUGUAAAAAGAAAAAAAAAACAGGCAUUUAUAACUGAGGGCAUGAACUUAUAUCCACCAGGUCUCUUGUGUCUGCACUUCAUUUUCUGUGGAAGAAAAUCAUGUCUGAAGAACAAGAGGCAUUUUUACAUACAUAUUUAAAUGAAAGGAAAAUCAUGGUUUCUUAAAUUGAUAAGGAUUAAGAAUAUUUUAUUAUAAAUAUAAUAUAUGAUUUUUACCCGGUUUUGUUGCCUCGCGUGCCGUCAGGUCCAUGUUCCCCUCCAGGCUGGAGGUGGGGGCGCGGCGCCGGGAGCCGGGCGGCCGUGGCUGGUGGGUCUGUGGAGCCGAGGGAACUUUUAGGGUGUAAGUUCACUCCCUCUGUUUUCCUUUGUGAUUCAGUUUUUCAGCAAUCUUUUUUUGUUUUUCUCCCCAAAAAGUGGAAAUUACAAAUCAAAGGCCUUUUUCUUUAAUGUAAAGUGUAUUUAUUUAAAAAAAAAAUACAAAAUAAACUACAAGUCUGUCUUUGUUUAUA